AUGUCUGCGUCUCCACCUAGCGGCUCAUCCAAGAGACGGGUACGCACAGAAGCUCAGAUGAGCCAGAAGCGACUAGCCGACCGCGUCAAACACAGAGAGAACCGACAGGAGCACAAGCUACGAAUGGAGAGGAUGGAAGCGGAUAUUGCGCAGAUCAGAAGGAAUCUCGAUACUGUAUCUGCGCAACUACGAACACUGCCCCAGAUUGGUGCCGACUUGAUGGCCUCACAACAGCAGCAGCAGCAACAACAACAACAACAAAGACCGCCUCAAAGACAGACUACCAACUUCCCCAGCCAUCCUCCUGGUGAAUCUUAUGAAAUGGAUACCAGCACCAACGUCAACGAAACCCCGGACUUCCCCGCGCGAUCUGCAUCCAACGGCCCAGGUAGAGCCUCGCCUCGUCCCGAACACGACAUGCCAAUGCCACCUCCCGAGGUCAUGUCAAGCCUAUUCCCUGCGCCGUCGCACGUGGACUGUCGAUGCGGAGUGCAGCAUCACUCGCAGGCCGACUGCCUAGAGUACCGCAGCUUCGCCAUCCUGUACGAAACCCAUGCCGCGUUUCCCCAGGAUCCUCUGCAUGCGCGAUCCCUGCCCAAGAACCCUGCGUUACCUAAUAUGACGCUUCACUCGUACGGCGACAACGCUGUCACAUGCUUUCUCACGUCUUUUCUCAAGGGGUUCGAGAUGGCGAGUGUGGAGACUUUGUUUGGCGUUUAUUUCUUUGCCUAUCGACUUAUGAGGUGGCGCUUACAUCCUGAUCCUAUGACAUUGAAGGACGUGCCGCCGUGGCUUCUCCCAACCGAGGUUCAGAAUACAUAUCCUCAUCCCGUGAGCAUCGAUUACAUCCCUUGGCCCGACCUCCGCGACUUUCUCUGUACGAAUCCACGUAUCAAAUCCCGGCAUUCCGUCAAGAUGUAUCUUGAGUCUCUACAGUUGAAAUGGCCGCCUGGGUCUUCUCUCAUGACCAUGGAAGGGGGUCAGGUCUGUGUUAGUCCAGAGUUUGAGGCUAUUGCAUGCGAUUUGAAUAAUUGGAAGCUAGGACCGCCUUGGUUGGACAAUUUUCCACGUUUGAUUUCACUGGUGCAUCCUUAG